AUGCCUCCCGUUCCCCUCCAGCGAAGAGCGUUGUCCCACGAAGACCCCUCGCUUUCUGAUGAAGAUGUCGGCCUCCUCUUCCAAGUCAUCACCCGCGCCGAGCGGGACCCCGAAGUCGACCGCCUCCCCUACCGAGUGCUGUUCGACGCCUACGAUGAGGUUAUCGCCGAGCAUGGCGUCGACGCGGAUCCAGGUUACGCCUGCAUGCGCUUCUUGCUCAAGAUGGGAAGCAAAGCUGCCGUAGGGGAUUCGCUCUUUGAGAAGUUCGAGAACUUGCUGGAGCGCAUGGGCAUUGUCAUCGAGUUUGGCGACGAUAGUGCUGGAUAUGACGAUACGACGUUUGCCGACAGUGUGCCUUCGAUCGAUAGCAAACUCAGACGACGGGCUCGCGAGACUCCAGACGACACCACGGCAGCGCGGCCCCAGACCCAGACGCCCCUGCGGAGACGAGCCUCGUUCAACUCCAUGUACGAUGUCGGGGACGAUCCCACCCAGAGGAGCUUCAUCAAUCGUCCCAGCUCGCGAUCAUCCAUGUCGCGACUGCAGACCGGGAAGCCCGAGUAUCCGUUCGCGAAACCGUCGCCCUUCCCGAAGCGUGCGAGAGGCUCGGAGUCUCCGGACAGAACCCAGUUGAUCGCGCAGUUUAUUGACGUAGGCCGCCGGCUGAUGAGCCGGAUGGACCUUCUAGCUGCGAAUCCAUCGUCUGCUCACGUGCCAGCUCCGGCCGAGAACCCUCUUCCGAACGGACUAUAUGCCCGGUCUGCUGUGGACCGAGAUCGUUCGGAGCGGAUAGCCGAAACCUCGCGCGCUCGACGCCCCAAGGCGUCUUCGCAUGGCUCCGACGAAGAGGGCGAACGGUCGUCCGUGUCCUCUCAGGCAGGUGCCGACAAUCCCAUCGAACGGCCCGAGCUCCCCCCCGAAAUGCUAUAUAGACCACCCCUUUCGGAUUUGCUGCGGGAUGCCUCGACUUUCAACAUGUACCGCCAACGAGCGAUCAACCGUCGAGUUCUCACUCAGUGGUUGAAGAAGGCGAUCCAAGGCAGACAGAGCAAUCGGAAUAUGGAGACUGUCGCCAUCAACCGAGACAGACACACGCUGCUGCGUCAGGCGUUUGAGACGUGGCAUAGAAUCAUCCAGGAUAAGCGCCAGGCGGCACGGACGGAGAGAUUCUUCAAACACCUGGAAGAGCGCGCUGGACGGGCUCGGGAUCUCUACCUCCUUACCAAGGCGUUCUCGCACUGGGCGCAGCUCACAUCCGAAGAAAUCGCACGAACGUCGGCCGCCCGGCGUCAUGUUCUCAGCGUCAAGUAUUUCAACGCUUGGCGCGAGAUCACCGCGGUUAAUGAAUUGAAAGCCCAACGCUUCGCCUUACGAAGGCCCUUCAUCACCUGGGUGAAAAGGACCAGGCAGAUUAAGGAGGAUGAGGCGAAGGCGGUUGUUCUCGAUGCCCAGAAGGCAGAGAGGUCGAAGAACACAUUCUACUGGCAAUGGUUCUGGAGCUUUUGCGAACAGCGUGCCCCGCAAUGGUACGAUCAUUGCUUGAAGAGACGCUCUCUUUUGUAUUGGCUGCGCAAGUUCCGGACGAAUCGAGAGUGCAUGCAUGAGAUUGAUGUCAGGAAUAAGCAGAUCGCCGUGGCCUCGGUGUGGCAGGCUUGGGUGCAGAGAACCCGGGAUGUUGUGGUGGUUGAGCAGCAGGUUGUUUCGACAGAGCGUCGGCAGCUUCUGCAGGGAAUGCUUGGAGAAUGGAGGCUACAGGCUCACCUCGCUCCGGCUGCCUCCCACGUUUCCAGUACCGUGGACCGGCAUAUCCUCCAAGCGGCGUACACGCAAUGGGUGAGGCGUCUUCAGAUGUUGAAACAGGCACGGGAAUUGGACCGACAGAGGAUUAUCCGCAACGCCUGGACUAACUGGAAUGAUUUGCUUCGCUGCCGGGCUCUCCAUGCACGAAUCGAGGAACGCCUGAAGUUGGAAGCCAUGUAUAAAUGGAUUCUGGCUGAACGAUACCGUCUGAUGCAGCGCAUCAGGGAGCAACGGAUCAAACGCGAGGUGUUCUCCGCUUUUGUGACGAAUGUCCGUGGGACCUACUCUCAACUCCUCGACCGCGCGGAGGUCUUUGAAUCUCAACGGAAUGACGACUUGCUGCGGGCGAAGCUGGACCGGUGGCGGGACCAGCUGGCAUUGCAACGCGAACGGGAGAUCAUUGCCAACGAGUUCUACUUCCCCCGCCUGGCAGAAGAAUCGCUCGUGGCCUGGCGCUCUAAGCACCAGCACGUGGUCCAAAUCGAGGGCUGGGCCCAGAAUGCCCGGUUCUACUUCCUCGCCACCAAAUUCACCAAGAAAUGGCGCGUGGCCACCGUGGAAUCUGUGAAACGACGUCGACAGGAUGCCUAUGCGCGGACUCGGCGGAAGGCGAAGAUCAACCUUGCGACCAAGGCCCUGGCAUCUUGGUACUCGAGGGCUCAGUAUAUAGCCGACAUGGACCAGCAGGCGAUGCAGAUAUCGCGCGAGAAAACCCUGAGCAUCUCCUUCGAGCUCCUGGGUCGAUGGCAUGACAAGACGAUGGACCGGAUCCAGGACUGCGAUGAUGCCGAUAACCAUUACGCGCGCCAGAUCGUCAACGAGCAUAUGGUCCGCUGGGCCGAGGCCCUGGUCGAGUGCCAGCGGCAGGAGGAGCAGGCCGACGGCGUCAAUCGCCUACGAGUUCUCGUCCAAGCCAACGUCAACCUCCGGAAACUCAGCUUCCGAGUCUUCCAGGUCAAGAGCAGCGCCGAGACAGCGGAAGCCAUGAAGGAGCGCAACCUGAGGAAGCAUUCCCGCGGGAUGUUCCGCAACUGGCUGGACAAAGCCCGUCUGAAGCUCGAGUCUCGCGAUGCUCCAGGGCCGCUCGUCAGUCCGACGAAACACUACGAUGGAACCUCCGCACCCGACCCAAGCCAGCAGCGCAUCUUCGACCCCUGGUAUCAAGCCGCGACCCCGUCCUUCAGACCCAGUCUCAAUGAGGUGGCAGAUUCAGAGCCCCCAGCUCGUUCGACCACCCCGCUCGCCACACCCAACUUCCUCGCCUCCCCGUCCAGACGAGCCGCCCGAGCUCGCGCUCUGGUCCAGACCUCCACCACCCCGGCCACGCCCCUGUAUACCCCUUUCGCCAGUCGACUGCUGCGCGCAGGCGCCAUCCUCCCCCCAACCGCGUCAAGCAGACGUCGCGCCGGACGGGGAAGUUCCCUCGGCACGAGCGUUCGGUUCGUCGAUGAGGAGCCCGAGUCGCCGACAGACGGGAGGAAGUCGGCUGGUCGACGACCGUGACCGUGACCGUGACCGUGGCCGUCAUCUCAUACUAUGGCCUGCUUAUAGUAUGGUAUGGUCAGGUUCUGCCACGACUGUAUAUGACUCUCGCAUGUACAUUUUUGAUGUUUGAUGUUUCUUUUGUUGGUUUGUUUGUUUGUGACCUUUUGGAUGUGCCGCUUUGGUGAUACCCGUUUGCGUCGUAGGUCGGUCAGUCAGUCAGACUUCUGUAGACCAUUUUUGUUGUUGUUGUUGGUGGUGGUGGUGGUGGUGGAUUGGAUUGGAUUGGAU